GGUUUUACCACUGUCAUUAGAAGCUCCCCAAUUUUUACGCAAUUCACGAAUAGGAAAAGCUAGUAGAAGUGGAUCUGUUGAAAUACGAAUCUGAGCAAUAGUCGUGACGACUUGCAAACAACCAUAAAAUGUCGUCGAAUGAUGCGGGCAGCAAAGAUUCUGAUAGGUUGAGAAGCUCCGGUGAUGACAGGAGCUCACAGAUGGAACAAGGAAGAAUCACUGACAGCCCACUAGGUCAAUUGGAUCCGUCUCGAAUAACUCAUAUGGUAGUCGAUCAAGUCGGUCUCGGAGUUACUACUUCUCAGCAGAAUGAGCGUUUUGUUGUACCCGGUCCUCCACAUCAGCAGUGGAUUCAAUCAUCGCCUGCAGCUAGUCCAUCGAUCAUGCAUUCUUCCAGAGCUAUGGUCGAUUGCGGGCAGCAGCCGAGAAUGAGUACUCCGACCAACUUGAUGCAGCAGCAGUCAACCAUUGGUAGUCCAUCUAUGAAUGGGACGCCUAUGAAUCCUCAAAACUUAAUACAACAACAGCAUCAAGGAAUGAUACAAGGUCAACGGACACCAGUCGGGCAGUAUGAACAGAAUCAGGGUUUUGCACAAAGACAGCAGCAGUUGACCCAGGGAUAUGCGCAGGAAGUGCCGGAUAGUCCGGGUGUCAUGCAAAUGCAGCACCAGCAUAUGGUUUCUCCAAACACUGGUCAAGUUGACAGUACAUCUGCUAUGUACGCUAGACAACAGCAGAUGAUCGAACAACAGCAACAGCAGCAACUUAUGAGCCAACAACAACAGCAGCAACACAUGCUAAAUCAACAACAGAUGACGCAGCAGCAAAUGGGAAUGAUGACAGGAAAUCAGCAGCAGUACUAUGCACAACAAAAUCCGCAAGCGCAGUGGACCCAGCAGCAACAGAUGCAGUAUAUUCGACAGCAGCAGGCGCUUGGCGCUGCUCCUGGCCAGCGCGUUAUGGUCCAACGUGUACCAUAUCCACCGGGAGCAGGUUAUCCUCCCGGUAUGCAAGCCGCACAACAGCAGCAGCAGGUGCAGAGCGUUGGGCAAGCGGGUAGUCGCCCGUCAAGUGCCAUCCAGCAGCAGCCGCAGCGACCCGUCUACCCGCCGGGAAGCGCACCGCAGCAGCCACAGUAUGCCUACCCUGGGGCGCAGACAAACGGAUUCCAACAACAGCAAGCUGCACAAGCGGCUGCCUAUCAGCAGCAGAUGUAUCAAAGACAACAACAGAUUCCUCAACACAUGCGGCCAUAUAUGUCUCCACAAGGCACAGUAAUGACCCCUACCCAGCAAGCAGUGUACACAGCUGGCGCGCAACCGCAUACUCCUCAAACACCUCAGCCACCAUACACACCGAACGGCUCGAGAUUUCCACAGCCUACUCCGUCACCGCAGUACGCUCCAGACAUGAGAUCUCCAUCAUUGAUGUCACCCACACAAGUACCGAUGACACCGCAAGCAGCCAUGCCAAGACCUAUGAGCAAUGGUGAAAUGGUCGCACAGCCUAUACGAGUAGUGCCAACUCCACAGCAACCUGUAAUGCCUAGCCAGUUCUUUACCUACGAACCGAAUGUUCUUAUGAGCGUACGACCUGAGAUAUGCCUCGCUGGAUGCGUUCUGCACAUGUUCGAUAUGGAGAAGAUGUUCACGGACAAGAUGGACCUACCAAAUAUGGUCCUUGCCGUAAGAAUGCAUGGCGGAGACAUCGAAUUUGGUGCGAAGGCAUAUAGUGAAAGAGUUGGGGUCAUAACGCAUGUCAUAGUAGAGUCAAUAAGGACGCAGCAUGCACAUUUGGCCUUGAAAGAUCGCAAGCGUUUAGUGACAAUGCAGUGGUUGGUCGAUGUGUUGAUAAAAAAGCAAAUGGAUGUUCCGUGGAGACACGCCCACCUGCCCUCCGUCUUUGUCGAUGGCUGUCGGCCUUUACUUGGAAAGCUGGUGUCAUUCUCUGGCUUCGACGAAGGUGAAAGAGCGGCGAUGAAGUACAUGGUGGAGGCAAUGGGAGCGAAAUUCACGCCUUAUCUCAGCCGUUCCAAUGACUUGCUUAUUGCGAAAAGCGCUGGUAUAGAGAAGGUCACAAAAGCUCAAGAAUGGGAUAUUCCUGUCGUCAACUAUCAAUGGCUAGCUGAUAGCUACGCUGGACAGAGGGUGGAGAUUGAUAAUCCCAGAUAUCAGGUAGGUCAGCCAUGUGAAGGUGUUUCGCCCGGUCCUUAUGCACUAGAGAUGGUCAACGACCAAUUCAAGCAGCUACUUCUUGCCUGGAAAAUGCCCAUAAUUGUGUCACCGGAACAGUGGCGGCGUUCCUUUGACACGAAACAAGCGGUUGAAAAUGACGAGGGGGUUUUCCCCAACAAGAAACUUCGUGCCCAGUCAGCGCCUCCCAGUGAAGAGGAGAUAGCCGCUAAGGCCGAAGAGCGUAAGAAAGCAGGUGGUAAGCACCCCGAGUAUGUGGUAGCCUUUUGCGGAAUAGAUGAAGAGAACAAGCAUGUUCUCACUCAGAAACUGCGCUACCUUGGAGGUCGUGCAUGCGAGGAAAUUUCUGAAUGCACGCAUCUUGUCACAACCAAUGGACGAAGAACUGAAAGACUUCUGGAGGCAAUUUGUCUUGGAAGGAAUAUCGUGAAUCCAUACUGGAUAGUACACGGAUAUGAGUGUCGGCAGUGGAUGGAUACUCUGGACUAUUUUUUGCACGACGAGGAUCAAGAAAGGAAUCUCGGAUAUAACUGCAAACGCAGUGUACUUAGGGCGAGGCAUAGGAAGUUGUUUGAAGAUGUUCAAUUCUACAUCACUCCUUCUGUUGAACCCAGCCGAGCAGUCCUCAGCAAAUUGAUACGACUUGCUGGUGGUAUCGUACAUGAUGAUCGACCUGCUCCAGCUGAGAUAGCGAGGUGUAUAGAGACUGACGCUCCCUAUAUAGUGAUCAGCUGUGAAUGCGAUUUGCGAAUGGUUCAGUACCUACUCGAGUGCAAUUUUCCUGUCUAUAACACUGACCUGGUACUGAUUGCGCUAAUCCGUCAAGAGCUGCAGCCUCACCCGCUCUAUCGAGUCAACACCGCAUCCCUAAUGCCUCCGAAAACGCCCGUGCAGCAGCAGGCACAUCGAGUCAAAGCUUAGAAUUGACACUGGGGGACAUGCUGGUAUUCUCUUCCGAUGGCACUGGUUAUUUUUACUGCUCAAAUUUGUAUGCUUUGUUAAGCUUUGUAACUUGACAACUUGAUCUCGGUUUCAGCUGGAAGUCCAGUUUUACGGGUAAUAAAAAUUUCUUUUUGUAG